UGGCAACCUUUGGUGUCCCGUUGCUCUCUAUGAGCGGCAUUCAGAUGCCGAUGGGGAAGACUCCAGACGACACGGAGAACUAAGCCCGCUGCUCAUAAAGCACCAGAAACGGGCGUAUGUGCGCUCAAAUCCGGGUUAUGGCCAGACUUGGCACCUCGGUGUCAAGUGUUCUUUUGCCAUUCUUCUGUCUUCGCCGGGCCGCAUGAAGCACAAACACGCUCAGACCCACGAUGAAGUCAGUGCGGAACCUGAGCUUAGCUACGGUGUCAUGGCAGUUGGUUCAUUCAAGCUGCCUGAGUUAGAAGCAUUUAGAGUGCAAGUGCACCCUUCGAACUUGUUUUCGAAGGCAUCAGCUUUCACACCCUGCAGUUGCAAAUUGGUUCUAUAAACAGAAAGACCAAAACGACGACAAGCCUUAAACUGGUAGUUAGCUCAAGACGUUUACGUACCCUUUUUGUAAGUCUUUGUUGGCGCGAAUCUACGCCUAUUGAUCAUUGCUUACCACGAGUAGGAUACCUGAGAAGGACUCGGUACUUUUUAUCCCGCUUCGGAGUGUAGUCCGACUUAAGCCGCCGGGCAGACUGACACCCCGAUAGCUUGACGACAUACCGCCCAACUAGCCAUUGUAUCCUCCGACCCGCGCACUCUAAACCGACGGCGAUAUGUCAAGAUCUCGUAGCUCCAGCCGCGGGUCUCUUGCGAAACAGACAGCAACACCACCGCAAAGGACGCAACAGCACAAGAGGAAGAAUGGUGGCAGAGACGCCCAGUGCUACUUUUGUUGCUGCUGGUGCUGUUGGAUAGUCCUCACCUUAGUCGCCUUAUCCUGUGGCUCCGUCCUCCUGAUGGCUGCCUCUCUUCCAUUGCCGGAUUCGGAACCGCUCACCUCUUAGACCGGGGCCGAAAUCAUAAAAUCCGAUAACUCCAGUUCGCCAACGACCAGCUUCAUGGUGAUUAUCCUUAAGUUGUGACGCUGUAGGAUUCCUGCCUCGGUUCAGCAGCCGCGGAGGGCCUUUCCAUGCGUUCCAGCCCACCACACAACGACUUGAGCUCAAGGAGGAUAUGAUUAGUUGUUGCCUGAUCAAGUCGACGUUGGUCCUCCGCUCAUCCAGCAGCUUUUCCACAAGCCCUUCUUUCCCAAUCUCUUUCGAUCUUCCUUCGAUGAAGAUAUCCACCAUGCCAGACUUAAUCAACACCAUUUCCCAGGUCGCUUUAUCCCUUGUCGUUAUCGGAAAACCCCUUCAGGCGACGGUCCAAUUAGUGCCCCGUCCUGGCCCAGGAGAGGUCUUGAUAUGCGUCGAAGCCACUGGUCUUCUAGCCCUUGAUCAAAAACUCCGCGACUUCGGCGUUUUCAACAUUGCUUCUCGCCUUCCCUUGGUGCUCGGCAUCGAUAUCGUGGGCACAGUCGUCGAAUACGGGAUUUCGAUCGCUCCAAGUGAUGUCCCCUUUCCCCCUAUCGGUACGCGUGUCCUCUUUCAGGGGAAUCUUCGUCGACCGCAUGCCGGCGGCUUGGCCCUGUACGUUCUCGCCGAUCCUCGACUCUUGAUACCCGUCCCAGGGGCAAUGCCGUCCCUUCAAGCUGCAACACUAAUCACCAACCCCUUCACUGCGGCUCUUUCUUUAUUCCACUCAUCUGGCCUCGGGUUUCCCUUUCCUAGCACUGAUACGACCUUCGAGUACCAAAAAGCCCAUGUCAUCGUCCUUGGCGCGGGCACAAACGUCGGCACUUUCAUCGUUCGACUUGCGGCGAUUGCGGGCAUCGGAACCAUCAUAGCCACCUCUUCCAAGGCCUCCUUUGCAAAACUCCGAAACCUUGGGGCAACUCAUGUCAUUGACCGGUCCUCCUCUUCUAUUCCGUCCGAUGUUCAGACCAUCCUCAGCUCUCCUCCUUUGCAUGUCGUGGAGGCAUAUGCGUCUGGCCAUCCCACUCUAGCCGCCUCUCUUUUCGUUCCCACCAAUGUUUCGAAGACCAUCGUCAUGUUGUCCUCCUCGACCGGUUCCGACGUUGAUGCCUUGGCUGAAAGGGGCAUUUCCUUGCGCAACAUCUAUGGCUCCUUCGAGGCCCAUCCUGAUAUGUUCCGAUCCUGGGCCGCGACACUUUCCAGGUGGUUGUCGUCUGGCGAGUUGGAGGCCCCCUCUCAUGUAGUAAUUCCCAGUGCCGACCCGCACCUCGUCAACGCCGCACUAGAUGACAUCGGGAAAGGUAAUGGGGUAAGGUAUGUCGUCAACAUGGGAAGAGAGGAUGAUGUGGGGGAGGACAGAGGAGAUAUAUAGACGAGAGAGCGGAGACAGAUGGGGUGGACAGCCGGGGGGUAGACCAGAGGCACAGCAAGCUGAGAUGCCGGGGGGUUGUACGAGAUCCGUCACUCCACGGACGAUCUUGUCCCAUCAUCGCCUAACCUGCUGCCGUCGUAUAUCGGACGACAGCUCGAGCCAGGAUGUAUAUCCCUCACUCUCUCUCGGUCAAGAAGAAAUCACCCGAUGACCGAGAAGACCGGCCAAGAGAAAAGAAGGAAUGAAGGGACGAGGGAGUGCAUAGCAGGGGGCUCAGAAAAGGAGACGAGAGAUCACCGACUUACCGCAAUAUAGUCACAAUAUGCUUCUUCAACCCCCCGCGGGAUUCAUGUAACAUUUUCCUAGUCCUC